UCAAUAGCGAACGGAACGUAUCAAGAUCGUGUUUUUGCCUGUGCACUGCUGUAGAGGCAGUCAAGUGGGCAUCCAUUCUUUCCUCCUGAACGAAACGAACUAUCUCAACCUGAACGUUGUGUUUUUUAGCGACGACGUUAUAAUAAUAGUGCGGUCCCUAAUUAGUGCCAUUAGCAUUAGUAUCAGCUGAGAGGAUUAGUGUUUUUGUUUCUGUCUCUCAAGUGCAUUUUUUCCGCUUGAACUCAAAGUGAUAAUCUACAUUCGUUAGUUUGAAACGAUACCUAGUCAUUGUAAAAACUUUGGAAGCUGCUGGUUGAUGUUGUUGUGAUAUCACGACCGAAGUAAUUAAGUUAAAGAGACAACUGUGUGAUAGUUUUUUUUUUUUGAGACAUAAUUUUACCGACAGUGAUUUGCUAGAGCGGUAGAGAAACUACGCUGAUAAAAUGUGUGAUAUUUUAUCGGCCAUAUCCUAUGGAUUGUACUCACAUCAACACCACCGGGAAAGACCACAAAAAAGAAUGAAAAUAAACAUGACGAUUCCGUCUAGGCCGGCACCGCCCCCUCCACAAGCUUCGUCGUCCAACAAAACUAACCGGUACAGUCCAGCCACGAACUGGGAUGAUAACCCUUUCGGAAGUAGCAGCAGCAUGAAUGGGCAAAGUACAUCCAGUCACAUUUACCAGCCACCGCCGAUGGUAAGUGCGAAGCCAAAAAAAGUUCCCCCACCGAGGCCUCCGCCGCCUAAAAUGGUGCCGGCCCUCAAAAAACCCGGUCAGCAGCAGUCCAUCAACAUCUUAUCGAAUCUGUUUGGACAAAAGCGGAAUCUGGGAACUAGCAAAACUGCACCACCACCAGUUUCUUCAUCACAGAAAGGGUCGGCCCCGAUAAAAUUGCCACCUCCACCUAAGCUUCCGCAGCCACCAUCUUCAUCCAGUCAGCACCAUAUGCCCAACUAUGGAUCGGUGGCUUCCACGCCAAGCGCCAGCGGGGUCGAUAUGUUGAUCAGUUUUGACUCACCGCCCAGCUCACCAACCUUCACGCAAAAGUCAUGCAGUGAUUGCAUCAGCGUAGACAGCUUCAGUUCCGAUUCCAACUAUUCUUCGCCCAACAAUGGGAACAUGUCUCAGGCCGAAAGUGGAUUCGAAGACGACUUUGUCAGCCAUCACGAUUACCAGCGAUCGAAAACUACAACACCUGCUUCGAUGGGCUUGAACGGCCCCAAGGUAAACGCCAUGAAGGACCUCUGGGAUCUUUCCGACCCGUUCGGAAUGGCACCACCAGCACCUACUAAAGCUACUCCCGGCGGUAGCAGCACCAGCACCAAUAAUAAUAGUUCUAGCAACUACACCAUCUACGCACCACUUAGCUCUGCCACGAUUCGAGCUCCGGCGGUGAAUAGCAAGCUAUACGAAGCCGAUUUCGUCGAUCCACUGUGCAAUGGAAAAUCCGUUGCCCCCAAAGUACAAACCGUCUCAAUGCCAACCAUCAUCAAAGCAUCGUCCGGAAGUGGAAGUGCUGGCAGCAGUCAAAAGUCCACUCCAGUGCACCAUCAUCCUGCCAUCAAACCCAAACCAAUCGGAUUGAACCAGCCACCGGCACCGCAUUGGCUAGCGUCUAAACCCAUAGUCAACAACAUGCAUGUACAAAACGAGACCGUUGUUGGUUUUGUCCACCAGAUCGGGGAGGAAUCGCUGGAUUCGUUACCUUCGCUACCGAUGCCAAACAUUCCACCACCACCACCGCCGCCAGGAUGCGUCGUUGAAGAUACCGUCGAUCCCCUUCUGUCGUCCGAAGUGCUCGACGAACAUCAAGAGCCGUACGGUAUUGCGUUGUACGAUUUCAACGGGGAAACGGACGAAGAUCUCGGUUUCAGGGCUAACGAUAAGAUCUACCUGCUGAAACGGCUGAACGACGAAUGGCUGCUGGGCCGGGAUCGUCGUGGAUGCGAGGGUAUGUUCCCAAGCAACUAUAUUGAUGUGCGGGUUCCAAUACCCGACGAGAGUCACUCCGGGACCGCCGUUGUAACCAGCAAAAGCGUUAACGGAAGCAACGGCAGACUUAGCGGAACAAGCAGCCCUAGUCAUCCCAAAGUGCGUGUAAUUUACACUUUCAACGGUGAAGUGACAGGGGAUUUGUCUCUAGUGGAAAAUGACUACGUAAAAGUUAUGUAUCAAAUUACACCGGAAUGGCUGUACGGGGAAUCGACUACUGGUCAGCGGGGCCAGUUUCCCGCCAACUUUCUCGAGUAUGUUCCUUCGAAUCUACCUCCAAUGCCGGCGAGCAGCAGUGGUUGAAUUUAUAUCAAAGAUGAUAGCAGUAGCUGUCUGACCGUGAUGAUUUGUGAUUGGAAGUCGUAUUUGUAGAGUAAAUUUGAGAAAUUCCAACAGGGCGAGUUUUGAGAAACUACAUUGCUGCCCUUCAAUUUUAGUUUUUUGUAUAAUUGUGUAGAUAAAGUACUAUCGGUUAAAUGUGCAAAACAAAGAGAAAGAGAAAGCAUGUGACUUUUUGAAGGAAUUUGAAGAAUGUUGAACAGAUAUCGCCAUCUUUUGGCUGAAGGUAACGGCGAAUUGAUUCCUAGAUGUAAGCAUUUCAGGAAAACUUUUUUCUUUAUUGGCUAGAACAAAUUUUUGUACAUAUUUUGUUACAACAUUCAAAAAAAAACUUACGGUUUCACAACACGAAUAAUAACUAGCAACAGUUUGAAAGAUCCGUCACAUUUUUUGCAUUGUGAUAUUUAAUGUAGUGUGCGCAAAGCGGCGCCAAGCCAUCCGGAAAACAUUAACGGCUUUGUGAAAGCUUCUUCUAAUUGUGAUUGGAUUUUUUCGCAUGCAUUCGGAAGCAGGACAGCAUAUUUAAUGUAUGAAUUCUACUUUUCUACUAACAGUGCAACUGAACCGAAAAUAAACGAUAACUACCUACAAACAAUGAAUAAUUAAAUAUCAUCGAUCUGACCAAUCUGUAGAACUUUUAACUGAACUACCCAUUUUAUAGCAAAACAAAAUAAAAACUACUUAUACACUUGUCUUGGGCAAAGUGUGUGCACUGGACUCUAAUCUAAGCUUAUAGCUAUAACUUAUUCAACCUAUAGAAAUCACCACAGUGGACAACGCUGAGGAAAUUUUUUUUGUAAGGAUAUUUU